GGAUGCUAUAAAAUAGAUUGGACAUGAAAAAGUUGUCCAAGUCAUCACUGAUAAUGCAAAUGUGAUGAAGGCUGCUGGAGCUCUUAUUGAGGGUGAGUAUCCUAAAAUAUUUUGGACACCUUGUGUUGUCCACACUCUCAAUCUAGCUUUGAAGAAUAUUUGUGCAGCAAAAAACACUGAAAAGAAUGAAGUUACAUAUGAGGAAUGUAGUUGGAUUACACGUGUUGCUGAUGAUGCAUCCUUCAUACGUGUUUUUAUCAUGAACCAUUCUAUGAGGUUGGCAAUGUUUAAUGAAUUUUGUCCAUUAAAAUUGCUCCAAGUUGCUGAUACUAGAUUUGCUUCGGUGGUUGUAACGUUGAAAAGGUUGAAGUUGAUAAAAAGAUGCCUUCAAGCCAUGGCUAUUAGUGACCAAUGGGCUUCUUAUAGGGAGGAUGACGUUGGAAAAGCUCAAAAGGUGAAAUAUAUGAUUCUAAGUGAUCUUUGGUGGGAUAAUAUUGAUUAUAUCCUUGAAUUCACGGCACCCAUUUAUGAUAUGCUACGAAUAGCCGACAUAGAUAAGCCUUGUCUUCAUCUUGUGAUGAGAUGUGGGAUUCCAUGAUAGAGAAGGUGAAAGCAGUGAUAUAUCAGCAUGAAGGCUUGGAAGAGGAUCAAUAUAGCUCAUUUUGGGGUGUGGUGUAUGAUAUACUCAUUGAUCGGUGGACUAAAAAUUCUACACCACUACAUUGCUUGGCUCAUUCCUUAAAUCCUAAGUAUUACUCCAUUGAAUGGAUUUCGGAGAAUCCAAAACGCAUCCCUCCACAUCAGGAUCAUGAAAUUUCUAUGGAAAGAAGCAAGUGUUUGGAGCGAUACUUUGAAGAUGAGAAUGACUUAACGGUGAAGUAUGAGUUUGCUAAAUUUUCAGGAGGGAGGUUUCCUUCACCAAGUGCCUUGACGGAUAGGUGGACCUUACUACCUUUGGUUUGGUGGCAAUACUAUGGCUCCGCAUUUCCAACUCUUCAAACCCUUGCCCUUAAACUUCUUGGACAACCUUGCUCAUCCUCAUGUGCUGAGAGAAAUUGGAGCACGUACAAAUUCAUUCAUUCCUUAAAAAGAAACAAAAUGGCUCCUGCACGCGCUGAGGAUUUGGUAUAUGUGCAUUCUAAUCUUCGACUCUUGUCAAGGCACAAUGAAGAGUACAUACAUACCGCAACAAAGAUGUGGGAUAUUACAGGAGACUCUUGGAAUGAGAGCGACAUGCAUGGAGGAGCUGGAAUUCUUGAGAAUGCAGCUCUUACACUUGAUGAGCCAGAGUUGGAGGCUAUAGUUAUUGGGAAUGUUAACACUAGUGCUACUACUAGUGAAAGUGAAGUUCGAAGUGAAGCUAUUGAUCUUGAGGAUGAUGAUAUUUGUGUUUGAUUGUCUUG